AUGGCAGCACCUCAGCUUUCAGUCUCCGUUGAUCGGUACUCUUGUUCGGUGUGCCGGGAGGUCCUGACGGAGCCCGUCACCAUCCCGUGUGGACACAGCUACUGUAUGCGUUGUAUUAAUGAUUUCUGGGACCAGUCGGAUAAAGAAGACACCUAUAACUGUCCUCAGUGCUGGAGAACAUUUAACGUUAGACCAGAGAUUAACAGAAACACCGUAUUAACAGAAAUAAUAGAGAAACUGAAGGAAGUGCGAGUAGAUGCGAGUCUAUCUCAGAGUUGUGCCGGACAGGACGAUGUCCCCUGUGAUGUUUGUCCAGUUAUAAAUCGGAGAGCCGUGAAGACUUGCAUGACCUGCAUGAUCUCCUACUGUGAGACUCACCUGCAGCCACACAAGGAGCAUGGCGCCUACAAACGACACCAACUGGAGGAGCCAACUGGACACCUGGAAGAGAAACUCUGUGCCAAACACCAGGAGGUCCUAAAACUCUUUUGUAGGACCGAUGAGUGCUGCGUGUGCUUGCUGUGCUUGGUGACCGAACACAAGAGUCACGACACGGUGAUGCUGGAGGAGGAGAGAGCGCAGAGACAGAGCCAGCUGGAAAACAAAAAGGAUGAAGAGAUGAAGAAAAUUGAGGAGAACGAGAGGAAACUGGAAGAGAUGGAGAAGAUUGUGGUGAGGAUUCAGAGCUCUGCAGAGACCAAAGUUCAGGAACAGGAGAAGACCUUCAAGUCUGUACUUGAGUCCAUUGAGAGGUUAGGGUCAGAGGUCACUGAGGUCAUAAGAGCUUAUGAAGAGAAGGAGGUUAGGAAGGCCCAAGGGGUGAUCCAACAUCUGAAGAAGGAGAGAGAGGAGCUGAAGAGGAGAGACAAUGAGCUGAAUGACCUUUUACACACCGAUGACCACAUCCAUUUCAUAAAGAAGUUCCCAUCCCUCUGCGUUUCUCCUGGAGGGGGAGUUGCACACAAAAUCACCAAUAAUGAGGACUUCCUUCCUGAGACUCUGAAGACAAAUCUGUCAAAUCUGAAGAGGAGCCUGGAGGAGACCGCCGGCUGGCAGUUUGUGGAGACUACUGAGGCUGAUGUUGGUGGUUCUGGACAAACCCUGAGGAAUUUGAGGAACAGAAAUGGACUUUUAAGAUACUCCUGUCUGCUCACCCUGGACCCCAACACCAAAAACAAUUGGCUACAACUGUCUGAAAAGAACAAAAUGGUGACACAUUUGGAGAUGCUGACCUCCUCUCCUGACUAUCCUGACAGAUUUAAUCACUGGCAACAAGUCCUGUGCCGAGAGGCGCUGAGAGGGACUCGCUACUACUGGGAGGUCGAGUGCACUGGGAAGUGGUUUGGGAUCGGAGUGACGUAUAAAGGCAUUGACAGGAAAGGGAAGAAUCUGGAGUACUGCCUUGGAUGUACCAACAGGUCCUGGUGUCUGUUCUGCUGUGAUUUCAGUUUCUCUUUUUGGCACAAUAACAAAAGUACCAAAAUCCGCGCUUCCUCCAGUAACCAGAUUGGCGUCUAUCUGGACUGUCCCGCUGGCUCUCUGUCCUUCUAUUGUGUCUCAACAAUGACCCUCCUGCACAAGUUCACCACCGUCUUUACAGAGCCACUCUAUCCAGGAUUUUGGGUCGGCACAGAUUCCCACUUAACAAUCUCCCCUCCGAGCACUUCUGACCAGUGA